GCCUCGCGCAGUGUCAAUCAGGGCGCGCGACCCGCCAGCCGAACGCGAUUGGCUGCGGCGGUGCCGGAAGCGGCGCGAGGCCGGGGCGCGCGGCGCGGUGCGGUCCGCGUGCGGCAGGUGCGUGAGGGGCCGCUCCCCGCCGCUCCCCGCCGCUCCCGGCCACUUUUCCCUCAGGAAAGGACAGCUGGGAUCCGCCGCCCCACCGGGAUCCGUGCCACAGGGUCCCAGGCUCGGUCGCGGCGCUCCGAUUCUCGAGGUUGUUGGCGUCUCCGAGCCCCCCUCCCCCCCACGCCACCAUGUUUGUCCUGGUGGAGAUGACUGACACUGUAAGAAUUCCUCCAUGGCAGUUUGAAAGGAAACUGAACGAAUCCAUUGCUGAAGAGCUAAACAAGAAAUUGGCCAAUAAGGUCGUAUACAAUGUAGGGCUCUGCAUCUGUCUGUAUGAUAUCACAAAGCUGGAAGAUUCAUACAUAUUUCCUGGUGAUGGUGCAUCACAUACCAAAGUGCAUUUCCGCUAUGUGGUCUUCCAUCCCUUCCUGGAUGAGAUUCUGAUUGGACAGAUUAAAAGCUGCAGCCAGGAUGGCGUCCACGUUUCUAUUGGAUUCUUUGAUGAUAUUGUCAUCCCACCAGAAUCCCUGCAGCAGCCAGCUAAGUUUGAUGAAGCAGAGCAGGUGUGGGUGUGGGAAUAUGAGACAGAAGAAGGAGCCCAUGACCUUUACAUGGACAUUGGGGAAGAGAUCCGCUUCCGAGUCGUGGAUGAGACGUUUGUUGAUACAUCACCGACUGGUCCAAGCUCUGCAGAGGCUUCCACUUCAAAUGUCACAGAAGAAGUCCAGAAGAAAGAGGCACCCUACACUCUUGUGGGAUCAAUCAGCGAGCCUGGCCUGGGCCUCCUGUCGUGGUGGACAAACAGUUAGCUGUCGUCAGAGCCUGCUCUACAAAAGUCUUUCCGGUGGAUGUUUUGGGGGAUAAAGGAGCCCUGCUGGUGCUCAUCACUCCUCUGAAGCUGAAUUAGGAAUUAGACCUGUCAUUCUCUGUUUUUCCUUCAGCUUCCAAGCUGCCAGAGACAGUUGCUUUCAAGUAACAUCUUCACUGAUGUGCAGAAGUGAAUUUACAGGCACAAAAAGCCUUGAGCACAGCAGCUACAAACUCAGCUGGAGCUUUGGUCUCCUGCCCCGGAGGGAAAAUUGUGGAGGUCUUCGCUUGCCUGAAUUUAGGAAGGAGUUGACUUCAGUGAGUAAAGACAGAAGGGAAUACCUAUCAAGAAGUAUACCACUCCUUAAGUUGGGAGCUUGAUCUCAGAGGAGUAGAAACCUGCCCUUCUUUUGACAGGAAAUGAAGAAGAGAUAGAAAAAGGCUAGAGUUAGUAGAGGUGUGGUACUCUGGAGACCUGGAAAAUGCUGCUGCUGGGAGAGCAAGGAAGGUGGUGGUGCUAUUCUGCUAAGAAUGGAAACUUUAUCCAUGUAUGAAGUCAGCCAGAAGGAACGGGAAUGACAGUUUACCCAAAAGUAACCCAGGCUUAGUGAAGAUGACCACUGUGGAAAACUACAGGCUGCUUAUUGUGCUGAAUGGAACAACUUCUUUGGGUGGGCUGUAUUUAUGCAGAAUGAAAUAAACUUUGCAGGAGUUUGACUGAAAAUAGGAAAUUAUGAACUGAAAUGGACCAAGGCUAUGUUGAGCAAGCUAAAUCCUUGUUUGUGGGGGGAUGUUCAUACUGUAAGUGGAAUAAAUAGUAAAAACCACAC